CACCAGUAUGAAGAUAAUCAGGCUGGAGAUGAAGAUGCCUUUGCCAGAGAGCCCUUCAUCCUGCGGUUUGAUUGUCCAACUACAGUGGUACAAGAUCUGGUCCUGAUCCCUGUGCACACAAAGCCAGAAGACACUCUGAAGGAGCUGGACGAGCUGCACGAUGUGGUUGAAGACAUCAGGAAGAAAUGGAAAAAUGAUAACAUUAUGAUUUUGGGGGACUUUAAUGCAGACGGACGAUAUCUCUCCAAGAAGAAGAAGGAAAAGAUCCGCAUCUGCUCUCCGUCCUACGAUUGGCUCAUUGAUGACGAUGUCGACACCACAGCUAGCAACAACAAUGAUAACACCUACGACAGAAUUGUUGUGUAUGGAGAGACCAUGUCGAACGCCAUCGUCCCCAACUCGGCCAAGUCCUUCAACUUCCAGCAAGAGUUUAAGCUGACUGAUGAGGAGGCACUCAGCAUCAGUGACCAUUACCCCGUGGAGGUGGAGCUGAAGACCAGAGCAGGAAGACAGAAAAGGAUGGCUGUGCCUGACGGGACAGAGACGACAUCUGGGGAAGUACAGUCUCAGAAAAAAGGGAAACAGACCAAACCAGCAGGGUCACCAAAGAUGGCGGCCAAGCGAGCGGGAGCACAGAAGAAGAAAAAAGACAAGCCAGACAGACAACAGAAGAAGAAGAAUGUAGGAACAAAAAGGAAGUGAGGGCGGGCAUUCAACACGCCAACCAAGAGAAGACGUCAGGAUGUUCAAUGUUCAUGAUCUUACCAUUAAUUUUAAAAAGUAGAGUUACUGUAGUUAGAGCAGAUAGUAUUCAAAUGUCAAAGCUUCUGUUUGUUUGAUUUAUUAGACCACAGGUGGUUCUCUGUGAUACCAGAACACCUUCUGUUAGUCUCUAGUAUUUAUAGUACUCGACAAAUCAGGAUGAAUGUACUGUAGCAAUGAAAAAUUUGUUUACAAAUAUUAGUAUUGCAUGAAUUCAUUUUCCAUGGCAAACUGAUAUCAAUGUUUUAUAGACAUGUUUUUGAAGUCAUAAUAAAAUAUUAUUCAUGCACA